CCGUUGUGUGUUCUUUCUAUUCGUGUUUUAGUUCAAUAGCCUACUGUGGAAUAAACCACAACUCCAAAAACUUCCGAGUCAGAACGAGUCAGGGCCAGCCUUAAGUUUUUAAUAAUUAUCUAUGGGACUGACUAGUCCUAAGUUAGGACUAUUCCAUAACUAGCUCUUUGUGAAAGCCGAUUGUGGAGCAGAAUGCGCUAUCUUCCAAACUUUAACGAAGCAAUGGUUAAGUGCAUUUCUCAAGGGCACAUCAUUUGUACCAUGACCCGUGGAUUCGAACCCACACUGCUGCCGAACACAAUGAAAUUAAGCUUGAGGUCCUCCGAACUAGAUCCCACUGCAGCAAAAACCACCCCAAUGCCUCAGGCCCCAUGGGAUCGGACUCUAAAUCCAGGUCAAAACAAUCUGAGUUAGACUGGAGAUAUCGCCUCUUUCCAUGAUCGGAGCUGGUCGAGUGUGAACGUAGGUUUAUAUCGGUGACCCCCCCCCCCGAUUAGUAAAGGGGCGGGGCUUAGUUGGCAUGGGAUGGUAAUUUUGAAGACUAUUGGUGGCGCUGUUCACAUCCGGGUCAGGUCGUUGCUAGCGCCAUACACACACAAAACGACACCACCACUUUCGGCAGAAAAUCAGCAGUUUAGCAUGAAAAACAUUACUUUGAAUUUAAGGGUUGAUGUUUGAAGCUGCAAUGACCUGAGGUUAUAGCGAAAGGAGUCGGCACUGGUUAGAAGUACAAUAGCCUCCUGAAGUAAAAAUGGCCUCAUUAAAAGGUGUAGAUCCUGAGAUUCGGAAAUAUCUUCGGCUUCACAAAGUUCCUGAUGUGUAUGAGGCCAUCCUGACCGGACUAGCCGUUUUGUGUCCCGAUGAUCCGAUGGAAUACAUCAUUACCAAGCUGAAGGAGCUGAUGAAAAUGAGAUUAGAGACUGUCCAUGGACUGGAAGCUCUCAAGUGGGACACGUUAAUUCCCCGGCAUGCUAAACCAAGAAAGCGUCUCAGUGCAAACUACCUGGAUGCUCUCUUCAUGUUCGACGAAGAAAAUCUGCAGCCAUGGGAAUGGAGGCCUACUCCUAUCAUGUACCAGAAGGCAUAUCAGUGCUACAAUAACAAACUCGUCACCAUGACGUUCAGUGCCUGGCUGUUGUACCACGAGAGGAAGAAGCGUCGUCGUCUCAUGAUGGCUCGUAAAAUGGUCCAAGCCGCUGAGUACUACGACAUGCGCAAACAACGGGUGCACCUGCAGUAUUGGAUGCAGUGGUAUCGCUUCCGCAAAGACCGCCAGGAAAAUGGUGCGUACAAUAUCAUAAAGAAUGUGUACGACAUGUCUUUAUCUCGGCUUGUGUUUGAGGCGUGGCACAACGUAAUGCUGGAAGCAAGACGGACCAGGGAAUACUUUGAGAGAUUGGAAAGAGGAGAGAUGGAUGGUGAGGAUGAGAUGAUGUUUCCUCGAGGCGAGGCAAGAGACGACAUCUCUCUACUCCCAAGAAAACUAGCCAUUAAGAUUUUCAGUUAUCUUGACUUGGCCGAUGUGAGUCGAUGUGCCCAGGUAUGCCGGCAAUGGAAGAUGAUCACCGGUACAAGCUCGCUGUGGAGCAGGGUCAACUUGUCAUCAAUAAAGAACAGGGCUACUGACAGAUUUGUGUGUAAGCUGCUGCAGACGUGUCGACCAUACCUCCUCCAUCUCAACUUACGAGGGUGUGACAGUCUGACCAAACCAAGCUACGUUGCUAUAGGUCAGUGUAGGAACCUGCAAGAUCUGAAUCUAUCUGAAUGUGGAGGUGUGAAUGAUGACAUGAUGAAGGACAUUGCAGAGGGAUGCCAGACCUUGCUGUAUCUCAACAUCUCUCAUACCAACAUCACCGAUGCUACGCUAAGGCUUCUUGGAAGAUGGUCCCGCAACCUGCAGUAUAUGAGCUUGGCAUACUGCAGACGCUUCAGUGACAAAGGGUUACAAUACCUGGCAAACGGUAGAGGCUGUCGGAAACUGGUUUAUCUGGACCUAUCUGGAUGCCCACAGAUCACAGUCACAGGUUACAAGAAUAUUGCCAAUGGCUGCUCCAACAUCCAGUCGCUUUGUGUGAAUGACUGUGCUACACUCAAAGAUGAAAGCAUAGUGGCUAUCGCCUCAAAGUGCCACAAUAUCAGAAAUAUCUCUUUCCUGUUGACGCCCAACAUCACCGACGUAGCCUUCAAGGCAAUCGCACAGCAUCGGAAAUUACAGACAAUACGUGUGGAAGGGAACACCAAGUUGAGCGACGCAACAUUUAAGUACAUCGGUAGAUACUGCGCAGAUCUCAGGCACGUCUUUGUGAUAGACUGCCCUCGUGUGACAGACGCAAGUCUGAAGUCGUUGGCUCAGUGUCGUAACAUCAACGUGCUUAAUGUAGCAGACUGUAUCAGGAUCAGUGACAAUGGAGUGCGCAGCCUAGUGGAGGGCCCGUCGGGUCCAAAGAUCAGAGAAAUGAAUCUGACAAACUGUGUCCGAGUCAGUGAUGUCUCCAUCAUCAAGAUCAUGCAGAAAUGUUACAGUCUGGUGUAUGGGACAUUUUGCUUCAGUGAGCACAUCACCGAUGGUGGUGCAGAGAUGCUUGGCAAUCUUCCUGCUCUCUCAUCUCUAGAUAUAUCCGGCUGUAGCAUUACUGAUACGGGUCUCGGAGCGCUAGGGAACAACCCUCGUCUACGCGAUGUGACCCUGUCCGAGUGCUACCAGAUCACUGAUCUCGGGGUGCAGAAGUUUGCCCAACAGUGCAAGGAUCUUGAGAGGCUGGACCUCUCUCAUUGUACCCAACUGACUGACGGAGCCAUCAAAAAUCUGGCCUUCUGCUGUAGGCGACUGACUGUGCUAAACAUUGCUGGCUGUAAGAAUCUUACAGACCUAAGCAUACAGUACCUGUCAGGGGUCUGUCACUAUCUCAUCAGUCUAGACCUCUCUGGCUGUGUCCAUGUCAGUGAUAAGUCCAUCAGGUUUCUACGCAAAGGUUGUAGACGUCUACGCUUGCUGUUUAUGCUGUAUUGCAAGAACAUCAGCAAAGCGUCCUAUAUGAAGCUUGCUGCAAAAGUGGAAACAGUACGGUGGAAUGACGACCCGGUGCCGUCCAGUUUCGGCCCAGGCUUUGACUACCUCGCAGCUAUGCAGAAAGCAGAGGCAGACAAGAAGAAAAAGGACAAAGAGAAGGAAAAAGAGAAGGCGAAGGGAAAAGGAGAAGGUGACAUGAACGAGAAGAACAAUGCAGACGAGGACAACGUCAAACCCGCAGGGGGUGAGGAAGUCCCAUCGGACAAAGAGAAGAUUGCCGAGGGGGAGCCACAGGAGUACAAAGAUAGCAUUAAGGUGUCCUUUUCUGCUGAAGGAAAGGAGAAUGAAAGCACACUGGGAGUGAAAGAUGGAGAUGUACCAUCUGAGGGCGGAGUUGUUGGGGAGUCGGGGAGUGGGCCGACACCCCAGGGGGAGUUGACUGAUGGCACUGACACAAGAAAAAUCGUUGAUGAUCAUGCGGAGGUAAUCCCAUCUGAAUGAACAUGUUGACGUUAUAAAUCUUGGUGAUUGGAGCAGUUAAUCAUUAUCUGCUGAGGAGGUCAAAAGUCUGUCCUCACAAGUUGACAUGCACAGCUUCAUGUUAGGUGAGCCUGAGCUGACUCCCCAAGCUGGUCAAGUUAGAAGCAGUAAGAACUGUUCGUAGAUGCACUUGUGUUUGAUGCAUUAGUACUGCAGCAAUGGUGGACACGACCCAUACAUCAACAGUCAUCUGCAUUCUAGAUAGGCCUACAUGUUUAUCUUAAAGCAAACUUUUGAUUUUUUGAUUUGGUCAAUCCAUAGCAAUAAGAGUGUUGUAUUAACCUUUUUAACACACCUCUUGCUUGUUUUGUAUUCUGGUUGGCUGAAACACGGUCAGCCGGGAUGAACUAAUAUAGGCU